CAGAGCCGACAUCAUCGCCGUGGAGCUCAUAUCCAUCCAUCCAUAUAAAUAUAAAUGGCGAUGAAACGCCUCACCAGCUGCUGCUGCUGCUAGUGCCAACAGCUGCAUCCUCCCGUAGGCGUAGGCAGCUAGCUAGCUAGCUCGAUCGAGGCCAUCUCCAUUUCCGGCCUAUCCCUCUUCUUCUUCCUCCUCCUCUUCCUCCGCCUGUCCGGUUCUUGUUCUGGUGCUGCUUUGCUCGACACCAUCCGAUUUUUUGGAGGCGAUUGCCGUGCUGUCACCGGAAAAAGGAAAGAGAAGAAAAGAAAAGGCUUUCCUUCCUCCUGUGCUGCCCCGCCAACAUCGUGUUGAAUCUCGUCGAUAUAUAUUUUGCUCCGAUUGGUGCCUUUUUCUCCUGGAAUUUUGUGUCCUGUUUCUCUGUGUGGGUGGAAGGCCUCGCCUUUCAAUCCUUCCAUCAUCUUGCUGUCCCCCCCUCGAUUCUUUGCUUCUUCUUCUUCUUCGAAAGAAAGAAAUUAAAUAUUAUUACUUGUUUGAUCUUUUCCUUUUAGCAAUUUCUGCCAAUCCCCAGGUUCAGUAUUUAGUUUCCAUCCGAGCAGAUUUCUUGUUCUUCGCUUCAAAAAUCUGCGUAUCGAAUUCCAUCCAUUUUUUUGCUUUGUCCAAUUCGUGGAUAAAGAAAGAGAGGGGGAGCUACGAAUCCGGCGAGAUGGGGAAGGUAGGGGAGAAGGUGAGGGCGUUCGCGACGAACAGGUGGCUGGUGUUCGUGGCGGCAAUGUGGCUGCAGUCCAUGGCCGGCAUCGGGUACCUCUUCGGGGCCAUCUCGCCGGUUGUCAAGGCCGCGCUGGGGUACAACCAGCGCCAGGUGGCGGCGCUCGGCGUCGCCAAGGACCUCGGCGACUGCGUCGGCUUCCUCGCCGGGACGCUCUCCGCCACGCUGCCCGCCUGGGCGAUGCUGCUCGUCGGCGCCGCCCAGAACUUCCUCGGCUACGGCUGGCUCUGGCUCAUCGUCACCAGGCAGCUCCCUGCGCUGCCCCUCUCCAUGAUGUGCCUUCUUAUCUUUGUUGGAACCAAUGGCGAGACAUACUUCAACACAGCUUCACUUGUGACAUGCAUUCAGAACUUCCCAAAGAGCAGGGGCCCAACAGUGGGUAUCCUUAAAGGAUUUGCUGGCCUAAGCAGUGCUAUUCUGACUCAACUGUUUGCAGUAUUGCACACACCUGACCAUGCCACACUUGUCUUCAUGGUUGCGGUUGGACCGUCAUUGGUUGCCAUUGGCCUGAUGUUUGUAAUUAGGCCUGUUGGAGGUCACCGUCAGGUGCGACCAUCCGACAAUAACAGCUUCAUGUUCAUCUACACCAUUUGUUUGCUCCUUGCUUCAUAUCUGGUCGGUGUCAUGCUCGUUCAAGAUUUUGUGCAGCUGAGUGACAAUAUGCUAGUUUUUAUCACGGCGGUUCUUUUCAUCCUGCUUAUUUUACCAAUUGCAAUUCCUGUGACCUUGACAUUUUCGUCAAAAACUGAACAUCCGAUGGAGGAGGCUCUCCUGGCUGAACCAUCAAAAGGACAGGCAAGUACUUCACAAGAAAAAGAGCCAGAUGUAUUUUUAAGUGAGGUGGAAGACGAGAAGCCUAAAGAAAUUGAUUCAUUGCCCCCAUCUGAAAGAAGGAAGAGGAUUGCAGAAUUGCAGGCCAGGCUAGUGCAAGCUGCAGCACGAGGUGGUGUUAGAAUCAGGAGGCGACCGCACCGAGGAGAGAACUUCACCCUGAUGCAGGCAUUGGUCAAGGCUGAUUUUUGGCUAAUUUGGUUAUCGCUUCUGCUUGGCUCGGGAUCAGGGUUGACAGUGAUCGACAACCUGGGUCAGAUGAGCCAGGCUGUUGGGUACAAAGACGCCCAUAUCUUUGUUUCAUUGACGAGCAUAUGGAAUUUCCUUGGUCGUGUCGGAGGUGGCUACUUCUCUGAGAAUAUUGUCAGGGAACGUACAUACCCAAGGCACAUAGCACUGGCUUUUGCUCAGAUCCUGAUGGCUGCUGGGCAUUUCCUCUUUGCAAUGGCUUGGCCUGGAACCAUAUAUGUGGCAACCUUCCUGGUUGGGCUUGGAUAUGGAGCUCAUUGGGCUAUUGUGCCAGCUGCUGUCUCUGAACUUUUCGGUGUAAAACACUUCGGCGCAAUGUACAAUUUUCUCACAGUAGCAAACCCCACAGGGUCACUGAUCUUCUCAGGUGUCAUCGCUAGUAACUUGUAUGACUAUGAAGCUGAGAAGCAAGCGCACCACCAGAGUUCUUUGUCUGGACGAUCUCUUUUCGACAUGAGCUUCCUCGCAGAGGGUCCUCUGAAGUGUGAAGGAGCUGUUUGCUUCUUUGUCAGCUCAUUGAUCAUGUCAGCAUUCUGCAUUGUUGGAGCUGGCCUUAGCCUCAUCGUCGUUCACAGGACCAAGCGAGUGUAUGCUAACCUCUAUCGAGCUGUCCGCUGACUUGAAAUUUCCAUGGAUAGAAGAUGGUGAAUCCCCCUUUUGUUGUUCCAUGUUACCUGUAUUAUUGUGUACAUGAUUCAAGAUACACAAAGUCUACCUGUAAAGUUUCAGAUCAUUUCAGAGAUUGUAUUGUAAGAAUAGCUAUUCCCAAGUGGAAGUUUACAUGCACUAUAAAGUAAUGAUCAUGGGGCAUUCUUUAUAUUUUAAGA